ACAUCUGGACAGCUGCUCCGGGAAACCGAGCAGCCCCUUCGUGGGCCCGACGUCAGUUGGGCACGUCCCCCACGUCCUCUUCUUCCAGCCACUUAUUUAUUAAUUUUCCCAAAGAAGCAUCCAGGGACCCAAGCUUAAAACUUUUUUCUCCUCCUAAUGAGAGAUGAGACCAGAUCCCACCCAAAACACGGUUUAAUUUUCAUGGGGCUCUAGGAUCAAAAGAACAGAAUCAGCAACAACAAAAGCCCAGCCGCUGUCUGAUUUAAAACUGGCAGAGUGGGAAAAAUAGUGUUCAGUAAACAGAGCGAGUUGGUAGGUCGAGAUGGGGAGUUUCAGAGGUCAUGCCCUGCCUGGAAGCUUUUUCUGUUUCAUCAGUCUAUGGUGGAGUAUGAAAUACAUUCUAAAGUAUGCCUGCAAAAAGUACAAGCGAACUUGUUACCUUGGUUCCAAGGCAUUAUUCCAUCGAGUAGAAGUUUUGGAGGGAAUCAUUAUAGUUGGCAUGGCUUUAAGUGGGAUGACUUGGGAACAGUUCGUUCCUGGAGGGCCCCACCUGACCCUGUAUGACUAUGAAGAAGGCCAGUGGAACCAGCUCCUGGAGUGGCAACAUUGCACUAUGUAUUUCUUCUUUGGGCUGUUUGGUGUGACAAACAUCUUAUGUUACACCAGUUGUUCACUUCCUGUCUCCUUAGCCAAGUUAAUGAUGUCAAAUGCCUUUUUUGUGGAGGCUUUUGUCUUCUACAACCACACUCAUGGCCGAGACAUGCUGGACGUCUAUGUGCACCAGCUGCUGUUGUUGGUCAUCAUUGUGACAGGCCUAAUUACCUUCAUCGAUUUCAUGAGGAGCAACAUAAUUUUGGAGCUUUUGCAGCCAAGCUUCAUCUUGCUUCAAGGGACCUGGUUCUGGCAAAUUGGUUUUGUGCUGUAUCCCCCCAGUGGAGGUCCUGCAUGGGAGCCAACGGAUCAUGACAACAUUAUGUUUGUCUCCAUUUGCUUUUGCUGGCAUUAUAUGUUCAGCCUUAUCAUCGUUGGAUUAAUUUAUGUCUUUGUCACCUGGUUGGUUAAAUCUAAACUUAAGAGAGCCUGCCCCUCGGAAGUUGGACUCCUGAAAAAUGCUGAACGAGAACAAGAAUUGGAAGAAGAGAUGGGAUUUUGACGGGCAUCUGGUCUUUCUAGACAACCCUUCUGUGUAUUACUUUUGUUCAUGGUUUUGUUUCUUGACCUUUUGUUUUGAGACUUCUAGGCUAAGGAUAACCCUUAAUGUACUGUGUUUCCAAUUUUGUUAACGUAUUUGAAUUUAAAUGUUUUUUUUUUUAGGUUUGAAAUAAUUUUGCUGACUCGUUCCUUUUGCAGGUUGAUUGUGGCAUUCAGGGGCUGCAAUGGCUUCUCAGCUCAUCUAGUUUGAUGCCCACACCACGAAAACUGUUGUUUUAUUUGCCUUAUAGAUAUUCUCAAGGGACCUGGGCUUGCUACCACCUGUAACUUGUUAAACAUGGAGUUACACUUGUGUAUCUUGUUGCUGCAACGAGAGAUCAAUAAAUGCGUGCACCUUAGUUCAGACACUUCAGAUCUUUGUUA